CCUAGAUCAGUAUGGUCAGGCAGAGAAAUCAUUCCAAUUCAGUCCUGCAAACAGAGUAGUUGUGUUUACAUGAAUGAUCUUUCAGUUGUGAACUGUUUUCGUUAUCAGUGUUUUUGAAUGUGGAACUUUUGUGAUUGACUCCGUUCUAGUUGGAAUAAUCAAUACAUUUAGGUGACAUUUUGAGAAAAAUGAGGGGUGUAUCUGGCGAAAUGGCGACUUCUUCUGCACAAAAUGGAGUUCAUCCUUCGAGAGGAGAGCAGCCUCCGAUGGUUCAGCCUUCUUCUCCAGUUACGGCCUGGCAGUAUCAUACUAUGUUACCAAAUCAAACACCAAUGGAGCAAGAUACAAGGAAUGAUUCCGGAGUAGCGUCUUCUCCGGAAAGCGAUAGAAGUGGAGGCCCGUGUUUCUCAGCAGCGACUACAAGUAAACCAACCACGUCCAUGCCCACCACGGCAUACUACUCCAACCCUAUGAUCAGCCAUGGACAAUUUCCGCAGCAACAGAAUAUCCCACCUCACAUGACGUACAAUAUGGAUCACACCCCCUUGACACCGCCCAGUUCAGAACCGAUGACAUCACCAAAAGUCCCUGAAACUGAGGAAGAGACCUCGUCCCCACCAGUGCAGAUGACAAUAGACAAUUUGAGAAGGCUUCAGUUGUCCUUGGAGAAGAACAUGUUCAUGCCCACAAUGCUAUCUCCAAAGCCAAGUGAAUGUCCUGCCGAGGAAGACAAGUUCAAGAAAGAACAAUACGACAAUGAUAUGGAAGCAUAUGACCAAGAAUUGAGAACACCCAAGAUAAACUCUCAUGGCAAAAUGAAAACCUACAAAUGCAAGCAUUGUCCUUUUGUUGCUACAACCAAAAUGGAUUUCUGGAAACACAACAGAAUACAUAUAAAAGACGACAAGAUCCUCACAUGUCCAAAAUGUCCGUUCGUUACAGAGUUCAAGCAUCAUCUGGAGUAUCACAUGCGGAACCAUGACGGUUCCAAGCCCUAUAAGUGCUCACAAUGCGACUACAGCUGCGUCAAUAACUCGAUGCUGAACUCUCACAAAAAAUCGCAUUCCAACAUCUACCAAUAUCGUUGUGCGGACUGCAGGUACGCUACUAAGUACUGCCACUCUCUCAAACUCCACUUGCGUAAACACAAACACAGACCAGCAAUGGUUUUGAAUGCAGACGGUACUCCAAAUCCUUUGCCAGUUAUUGAUGUGUAUGGUACCAGACGAGGACCUAAGUUGAAACCGCAAAGUCAGAAACCUACUGAAGCUAGUACUUCGAAUCCUGAGCCAAUAAUACCCUUCCCUUUCAACCCAUUGAUGCUGAAUGCAACUCCUCCAGUUCAGAGCCCGUUUCCUCCUCUUUUUCCAUAUUUUGCUGGUCUUCAGGAUCCGAGAGUGUUGGAAAACUUGAGGAGACUGGUACAUGAGAGUCAAGAAGCAGCUUCGAGUUCUCAAGCCACAGCCCAGGCCGCACCCCAAGCUUACCAAGCAACCCAAAAUGGAGUAUUGGAUCUGAGUAUGUCUGACAGCUCUUACAACGAUCAGCGUAACGGAUCUCCCAUCAAGGUCGAGCCACCCUCAAAUAAUGAAUCUUCGGGGGAUGAAGAAGAAAAUGAUGAAUAUUCCACCACUAUGUUCGAUAAUGUGGAAGUAGUUCAAGACAAUAAUCCUGAAGAUCAUAGUAAUACAGAGGCAACAAAUAAUGGUAUCCAAAACAGUUGUAAGUUUUGUGAUCUCAUCUUUGGAGAUCCAAUAAUGUACACCAUCCAUAUGGGUUACCAUGGCUUCAAUAACCCAUUUACGUGCAAUAUGUGUGGCGAAGAAUGCGGAGAUAGGCUUGUUUUCCAUGUACAUAUUGCACGGCAAUCCCAUAUGUAGUUGCCAACAUUUAUUGAGACUGUAACACUCAAAGACGGUUCUGCUAUCUAGUCAUUUUUUUUCUUUUAUUCCAGUUGAGUGCGUUUGCAUUUGUGCAAUUAAUUUUCUAAUGCAAGUACGGAGUUAGUACGGGCCAUAAUUAUUAUAUAAGAAAAUUUGCCAUGUAUAUUAUUUGUAUGUAAAUUUUUAAUUUAUUUGUAAAUCAUGUAUCACAGCUAAAAGUCCAAAUGUCAUAAACGAGCCGUCGUUUUUAAAUUUUGUCAUUUUGUGAAGUGUCUGUUUAUGAAAAUUAUUUAUUUUGAUAGAAUGUUGGGGCCACCUCCUUAAGACUGAUUUGUAAAUAUAUUUUUUGUAAUGGUAUCAGCUACCUAGAGCAACCAAUCAAACGUGUGCAGGUAUUAUAUAGUGUAUUUGUAUUAUAGAUGAUUACUCCUAAACCAAAUUAUGGAAAUAUGAAAAUAAAUACAUUUUGAAUUAUUGAUA